AUGACCAGAACCCAAGACCUCGAGCAGGCUAGAAACAGCUGCUCCAGGCAGCUCACCGUCAAGACGUCUUCAUCAAAGAAAAGGAAGAUCUCAGCCCGCCAACAAGCCACCAAGGACGAACCCUCGACGUAUAGCAGCAGCUCUCCAGACACGCCCAUACCGUCCUUUGAGCACGAACCCGAUCUUUGCUUCUCCUUCUCUGCCUCCUCCGACAUCGUCAGUCCUGCUGCUUCUGUGUAUUGCCGGGCUAAUUCGUUGCCGCCUGCGUCGAGCCUCCCUCCCCGGCUACAGACGAGCACGAGCUCCCUCAGCUACGCCGAAUACGCCUCCUCGACUGCGAGCUCACCCUCCGCUGCCUACGCCGAUCUGACCAUCAGCAGCGACCGUGGUACCAAUACGCCAGCACCCGAUCCCGGCUCAGGCUCUGCCGUCCCCAACCUUUACCCUAUCGGCAGAGCCACUUCGCCUUUCCCUAAAACCACCCACCACCGCGCAUUGAUGGGUGGUUCUGCUGAGUUUCCAGAAAGAUCCUCCUCUCCGCUCAAGCGGCGGGCCUCGAGCAUGGACCCGGAUCCUGUAAACCAGGAUGCUUCGGAGGAUGUCGAUAUGAUUACGGCCCCGCCGUCUGAGGCUUUACGCCUGUCUACAUCGGAACGACCCAAUGGCACACCCGCAGACAGUCCAGCCUCAGGUGCUGUGGGCGAGCCAGAGGCCGAUGCAGCGGACGAAGCCACACCGCCGGCUGGUGCAACAUCUAGCACAAUACCCGACACAACGUCUGGACACCAACCCCCGCCGUCCUUAGAGGCCCAUCUUAAAACCAUCAGGACAUUAAUUCAAGAGCAGAACGCCGGGUCCCUUACGCAGGGUCAGCGUUGCUACUUAGUCUCAAGGUCCUGGUUCGCCAAAGUUUUGGAUGAAUCGUCAUCCAAGCAUACCGCUGAGGACCUAUCUACGGUGCCCCCGGUGGACAAUUCGGACAUCAUCCUCGAAGUUAUACCGGAUCCUUGCGCUAAUGACGUUGCCGAUCCGGUGAAUCAAAACUUCGUACGGUUGAAGCAUGGUUAUGAUACGGAACAGUUCGAGCCGAUACCUCCCGAAGCGUGGAGCUUACUCAUGCAAUGGCCUGGAUUGAAGGAUGGCCAGUUGCCUAUCAUCCGCGAGGCUCAAACUACGAACGACGAUGGCACCAAUAUCAUGUGGGAGUGGCACCCGCCUGUAUUCCCCAUUUACCGGCUUUGGUCUGCGACUAGUGAGAUGCCCGUCGAGGCCUCCCUCAAGGCUAGCAACCCGCCGCCUCCGAGGCUUGUCCGCAGUCGCAGCACAAUAUUCCAAGAAUUUUUGAAACAGGCCAAAGGAGUAGCGAGUAUCGACUUAGCCCAGAGGGUUCGGGCGUGGAACGUUCCACAGCCGGUAGCAAAUGUAGAUGCCGUCGGCGCAUCCGUGCCGACCCCUCCCGCCUCCGAGGACGGCCGGGGGGAGCCUCCCGCCUCAUCACAAGCCUGGAGGCAUCUUCUCCUAGACGUCGAUUCUUUUAAUGCGAGUCCUUUAGCCAGGGAAUUGGUCAACUUUGGGGAUCUCACCCGCCAAGAUACCCCAUCGACUAAGACGUUGAGCUCCUUGGGCCUGGGCCAGGACCAGGCCAUAGUACUCGAUGUUCACGAAGGCGGCCACAAUUGGACCUCUACCCCUGUGCCUUUUCAGACGAGGACGUCUCUCCCGACCAGAAAUAAUUCCACCAGCCUGACUGUGCAAAAUCGAAAUUCCAGGAGUGGACGUACUAGCCCUGUGUCACACGGCCUCCAAACGCGUGGCAGAUCGCUUAAGUCGGACAAAAUUCCCGGCUGUGUCGGAUUGGCAAAUCUAGGAAAUUCUUGUUAUAUGAAUGCCGCCCUUCAAUGUGUCAGGAGCGUUGAAGAGUUGACCAAAUACUUCCUUUCCGGAGAGUGGGAAAAGGAGCUGAAUAAAGAGAACUUGCUUGCGCACAACGGCGAUGUAGCCGCAGCGUAUGCCCAGCUGCUAAAGGACAUAUACAGGGAUCCCAGCCCAAGCUCUAUAUCGCCUCGCCAAUUCAAGAACACCAUCGGACGAUACUCGGCAGGGUUCUCCGGUUAUGGCCAGCAAGAUUCCCAAGAGUUUCUCGGAUUCCUGCUCGACGGUUUGCAGGAGGACCUUAGUCGAAUAAAAAAGAAGCCCUACAUCGAGAAACCCGAUUCCACGGACGAGAUGGUGAACGACCCCGAUGCGAUCCGACAGAUGGCUGAAAAAGUAUGGGAUAUUACGAAGAAACGGGACGAUUCCGUAAUUGCAGAUCUCUUCACUGGUCUCUACAAGUCAACUUUAGUUUGCCCGGAAUGUCAAAAGGUUAGCAUCACCUUUGACCCGUUCAACAAUCUAACAUUGCCUCUCCCCGUGGAGAACAAGUGGAGCCAUACGAUCAAAUUCUUCCCUCUGAACGACCGACCAGUCGAUAUUAGAGUCGAACUAGACAAACAUGGCAGUAUCAAGUCCCUCAAGGAGUUCGUGUCCGCCCGAACGGGCGUGCCGGUAGAGCGUUUGUUCGGCGCGGAGGAAUGGAAAGGGAAAUUCUAUAAGCACUAUUCCGACCUCGCGUGCGCCUCAGAGGAGAUUAGUGCCAAUGACAACGCUUGGAUUUUCGAGAUAGAGGCCAAACCCACCAACUACGGUACUAAGCCUCACAGGCAGCAGAAGCUUGGCUUGCCGGUUAGGUCCAUGGUCGACGAAGGGGAGCAUAGUGUGUCGGCAUCUUGGGAUGACGAACAGGCCGCAAGGUUACUGGUCCCUGUCUUCCAUCGACGCCCAUCUAAGAAAGCGACCCCCUUCCAGUCAUCCAGGUGGACGUCCGCCUGUUUGCCUCACUUCAUCGUGGUGACGCCUGACGAAGCUAGAAGUGAAGACGCCAUUCGUCGUAAAAUUUUAGAAAAGGUAGCGACUUUUACGAAGAAAAACAUCACUUCCAGUGUUGAAGACACAGACGCUUCCGACAGCACCGAUUUAGAGUUGAUCGGCGUGGGCAGCUCCGAUGCCGGUUCUUCGAAUGAGGGAAGGAUCAUCGCACAAUCCGUCAAAGGAGAAGACGAUAUAGUAGAUGUACAGAUGAAAGAUUUUGGUGUUAAGGGUAGCACACCAAGCAAACCCGCCGUGAAACAUAUUUUCUGCCGUAAGAGGCCGGCCUGGGUCGACCCCAUGGCAUUCCUGCAACCCGAGCUUCAAAAUUUGUUUGAUCUCUCAUAUUAUUCCGAGUCAGGGGCAUGGUUGCCGACGGGCAUGAAUGGCGUCAGCGAUGACAAGGACUAUCCUAGAAUUUCUCUACGAGCCCCUCCUGCGUCGCCUUCAUCAGAGGAUCAGCUUGAUAAUGCAACCAACGGCACCGCGUCGAACGAAGAUACUAGCUCAGACGAAGCGCCCCGACAAAGCUUAGAGCAAACCUCGACUCGCAUGAAUGAUGAGAGCGAUGACGAAGGCGUUAGCCCAGUAGUCAAGGCCGUGCCCCCCCGACUUAAACAAGGGGGGCGAAAUAAACAUAAAGGUAAACACGGAUAUGGCCAAAAGCAGCAGAAGACAUAUAAGUCCCACAAAGGCAACAAGAAGCGAAUGCGUCCUCGUCAUCAUAAGGAGAGAUCCCUGAAUUUGGAACAUGAGGAUAUAUUCAGCACGAAUGAGGCUGGUCCCGACGGAGGUCCGCUAAUCCGUCUAAGAGAAGCCCUCGUUGUGGACUGGUCCGGUCGUGCUUACGACGAGCUCUUUGUGGAUAGCCGCUCUCCGUCUCGCCACAACUCCCUAGCCACCAACUCGCUGGCCACCUGGGACGAAUGCGAGCUAUUGCCGGACCCCGACCUCGACAAGGCCCAAGCUGCCCGGACGAGGCGCCGUAAGAACGGUAUUACUCUCGAAGCCUGCCUAGAUGAGUUUGAGCGGGAAGAAAUUCUGUCCGAACAAGACAUGUGGUAUUGUCCCCGGUGCAAGGAGCAUCGCCGUGCUAGCAAGAAAUUCGAUCUAUGGAAAACUCCAGACAUCUUAAUCAUCCACCUUAAGCGAUUUAGCUCUAGCGGCUUUAGGAGAGAUAAGCUAGAGGUCCUCGUCGACUUCCCUCUGGAGAAUUUAGACAUCACUUCCCGUGUGCUACAGAGGGAAGCCGGGAAGCAAGAGGUGUACGACCUGAUCGGGGUUGACAAUCAUUGGGGCGGCCUAGGAGGUGGCCAUUACACUGCCCAUGCGAAGAAUUUCUUAGAUGGUAAAUGGUAUACGUGUAACGACUCCAUUGUAAAUGAGGCAUCAACAGAUAGGAUCGUUGAUUCUGCUGCGUAUUUGCUCUUCUACCGUCGCCGAUCGGAAAUACCCCUGGGCGGUCCCAGGUUUCGGCAGAUCCUGGAAAAGUUCGUUGACCAAGAGUCUUCCGACGAUGAGCUACCAGGAUCGGGGGAAGGCGAGCGUCUUGGCGAGUGCUUCUCCCGAAUUGGGUCGUCGAGCGCGUCACUAGAAGCCAAAGCUCUUCGCCAGCAAGGAAAGAUUAAUGGCAAUAAUGAUUGGGAUGUUGGCGAGGUCGGACCCGUCCACAACAUGCUCCCAAACCUGUCCCAAGGCGUCUAUCGGAGUAUAGAGGAAGACGAAGGGGUAGAUCUGACCCAGGACACGGCCCGGUCUACAGGCUUUCAACCCCUAACUGGAAACAAUUCCUGGAAUUUCGACAGUCUCGGGGGCGAAAGUCUCCGUUAUGAACACGACAGCCCCCUUGAUUCGGGCGCAGCCACAGACGAAGCACAGCACGAUUCAUCUGGCGAUGAACAAGUGAUGGGUCCUCACAACAUGGACGUGGAAUUCGAACCAGAUCUCGAGCAGGAUUUCCCAGGGAUGGCACACUAUGAGCUGCCUUCGCAGCCUGACGCGGAUCCGCCAUCGUACAGCGAACCUCCCCCUCCCGACUGUCGGGGCGAGGUAACUCGAGACGACAUGAACCAUAUAUGGGAUCAAAAGCAGGUUCACAAAGUUCCACCGGAGGGCGAGAUCGAGACACGAUCUGAGGCCGCCGCAGAGAUUCACCUAGACGAUAGCGAUAAGCUCGACGACAAGCUCGACGACAAUCUCAAGCUUGGCUAG